GUCGGGAACGUGACUCUGUGUCUAUCCAUGCUGGAAUUGACUUACCUGUCCAACCAGAUCAUCAUAGAUCGCCUCAGCAGGCAGGUGGCAGUGAACUCCAGGACUGCGUGGCCGAUGGUCAGGAAAUAUGGAUACAGAAUCGUGGACACAGGAAAUGUAUUUCAUCGAAACCCCGUCCAGUAUCCGGAUCCAAUGGUUCCACAGCAGCGGUCUCAUGAUCAUUGAGUCCAAUUCCACCACCAAAACCGCCAUCCAUGGGACUGUGUGGUCUGUGCGAUGGGAACACGACGAAUGAUCUCAUUCUGCCCAAUGGCCGGGUCCUGAGCGCGAGCGACGAUUCCUCCGAGUUCCUGGACAGCUGGCAGGUUCCCUACACAGUGAAGUAUGUGGGGAGGGAGCGGCGGCAGGACGGUAACUGCUCCUCCGUGGAUUGCUCUCCGUGUCUCCAGAUGAUUGGGAAGCAGACGUUCAGCAACUGCCACCCCUACGUGUCCCCGGAGGAAUUCUGUGAGUUGUGGGCGCAGGACGUGGAAUACACCCGGGAUCCAUGCAAAGCUCUGACGGCGUACACCGCCAUGUGCCACAAAUUCAACGUCUGCAUCGAAUGGAGGAACCCCGACUUCUGC